AUGGGCCGAACAUCCGAUACUGCGAUUAACUGCCCCGCUGGCUGUAACUACUGCUCAAAAUUACAUGGGAUCGGCUCCGACGGCAAGCAUGUGGCCGGAUGGGGAUGCGGAUGUGGCAACACCGGAAUGAAUGUUGUUGAAUGCCAGACAACUGGUCAACAACGGCUGACCACCUACAACGGAGACCAGUACUGCUGCACCGGUGACUACUGUAACGCAGCCGCCUAUGGAAAGAUAUCUGCUGCCGUGCUGAUGAUUUGCCUAGGAUUUUUGCUUUAC